AUGGAAGAGAAGUACACGUCCAAAUUGUCACCUACGGUUGAUUUCUGGGCAGGAGUGUACUUGGUGAUUAUUGCCAUCAUGUCCAUCGUGGGUAACGCCGCUGUGCUCGUGAGCGCUUGUCGGCGGUUCAGUCUCCUCAAAGCUCCGGAGCUCCUGACGGUGAAUCUGGCCGUGACGGACAUCGGGAUGGCCCUGACCAUGUACCCGCUCUCCAUCUCCUCGGCCUUUAACCACGCCUGGCUGGGAGGAGACUCCACCUGCCUGUACUACGGCGUCAUGGGGAUGCUCUUCAGCGUCACCAGCAUCAUGACCCUCGCCGUGAUGGGGAUGAUCCGGUACCUGGUCACGGGGACGCCACCCAAAACAGGUGUAAAGUUCCAGAGACACACCAUCCGCAUGGUGAUCAGCGGCAUCUGGCUGUACGCAGGUCUGUGGGCAGUGCUCCCCCUGGUGGGCUGGGGCAGUUACGGUCCGGAGCCGUUCGGACUGGCCUGCUCCGUGGACUGGACCGGCUACGGAGAAUCGCUGAACCACUCCACCUUCAUCCUGGUGCUUUCCGUCCUCUGCACCUUCCUCCCCUGCCUCCUCAUCCUCUUCACGUACUUCGGCAUUGCAUGGAAGCUGCACAGGGCCUACCAGUCCAUCCAGACACAAGACUUCCAGUACGGCAACAUCGAGAAGAAAAUCACUCUUAUGGCUGUGAUGAUCUCUUUGGGCUUCUUGAUCGCGUGGACCCCCUACGUCGCCGUGAGCUACUGGAGCAUGCACCACGCUCGCUCCCAGCACCUCCUCAGCCCCUUCGUCACCCUGCUGCCCUGCCUUUUCGCCAAGAGCUCCACUGCCUACAACCCCUUCAUCUACUUCAUCUUCCAGCGCUCCACCAGAAGAGAGCCGGAAGAGGAGGAGGAGGAGGACGGCGGUGGCUAUUCGGAGAGGAAAAACAGGAAUGGAAGGAUGAGGGAAAGUAAAAUCAUCACAGAUUGUAACGGGAACGGCACCGAUGAGACCAUGGUGGGCUUGACGGGCUGCUCCAAGGUCCAAACCGGGAAAGAGAUCGUGACAAUAGCGUAA